AUGGCACAAGCAAUAGAAUUGCACCCUAUUAUCAAGCCCUUACCUUUUAGAAGUUCGAUGAUGGAUGAAAUUAGGCCUAUUAAACCUCCCUCAUCUGCUCACCAUAAGCAUAUUCUGAUAGCUACAGAUUACUUCACAAAGUGGAUUGAGGUCCAGGCUUUCAAAAGUUUAAAUGCAAGGGCAGUGAUCUUGUUCUUGGAAGAGAAAAUCUUUACAAGAUAUGGGAUUCCAGAAUCUAUAACACUAGACCAGGAAACAAUGUUUACAGGACAUGAGUUUAAUUCCUAUAUCAAGGAAUUUGAAUCCAAUAGAUACAUUCAACUAACCCCUUACUUUGUUCAGGCCAAUGGACAAGCUAAAGCCACUAAUAAAGUGAUCUCUAAAGGAAUUGCUAAGAUGGUGGAUGAAAAUCCUAAAAAUUGGCACGUUCUUUUACACUAUGCUAUUUGGGCAUAUUGA